GUUGCUUUGUAUUUACAGUGACGUUUAGCACGUUAUUGCGGCUUUUAAAUAAAACCUUUCAUCUGGUUUGCAGAGCGGAGUCCUAGGUAGUGUGAACCCCUAUAUAAAUGUAAACAUGCCUGAGUAAAGAAGAGAAGGACACAUGGGAGCUGAAUAUGAGGAGUGAGUGCUACAUUCCUAACAGGGUCCAUCUUAUACAAUGAAGGUUUUAUUACUGAAAGACCCCAAAACUGCAGAUUUGGCUUCAGAUCCAUAUGUUAAGGAAUUGUCGUUGCGUGGAUUACAAGCAACGCUAAUCCCCGUGUUAUCCUUCAAGUUUGUGUCUCUGGAUCUUUUUUUUGACAAGCUUUCUCACCCAGAGAGUUACGCCGGGCUUAUAUUUACCAGCCCAAGAGCAGUAGAAGCUGUAAAAUUAUGUUUGCAAAAGCCUGAUAAUAUAAAAGUUGAAGAAAUUGGUCUUUCGUCAGAAGGGGAAGGAUCAGGAAAUGCAGAAAAGCUCGCAGAUUGUAUCUGUUCAAAGGGAUUGUCGUAUGCCGCACCCAUUCUUUUUCCUUGUGGAUCUUUGAAAAGAGAGGUUCUUCCUAAAAAACUUCACGAAAAAAAUGUACCUCUGGAGACCAUUACGGUUUAUCAGACUUCCCCGCAUCCCGCAAUACAAGAUUCUCUCAUGGAUUAUUACACAAAGAAAGGUGUCCCAGCAAGUAUUGUGUUCUUUAGUCCAUCUGGAGUGAAAUAUUGUCUCAAGUUUCUCAAGGACCUACCUAGUGAUCAGCUUAAUCAAAUAAAGUUUGCUGCCAUUGGCCCUACAACUGCAGAAGCAAUGGCCGAAGAAGGCAUCCCCGUGUCCUGCACGGCUCAGAACCCCACGCCUCAGGACUUAGCAGUAGGAAUAAAACAAAUUGACAUCCAAUAAAAAUGCUAAUAGGGCCUGACGGACCUCUUGCCAAGUGCAGAGUAAGUGAGCUUCCUGAUUAAAGGUUAUCGAUUCCCUGCUACAUCUAUGGAAAGUCUGGACUUGAUUAUGUAAAUGAGGUUUUGAUGCAAUAAAAUACCGAUUUCAAGGGUAAA